CAUCACUUCCGUUUGUAAGAAAGAAGUCUUCUCUCGUGUGAACUCUAUUGAUUUCUCUUUCUAUUCAACAUCCCGGGCUCCUUGUUGCCCCCCAACACGGUAAACAAUUGAUGCCCUAGUGUACAAUGGCAGAGCGACCUGAAGAUCUAAAUUUGCCAAAUGCUGUUAUUACAAGAAUUAUCAAGGAAGCCAUACCUGACGGUGUGAAUGUAUCAAAAGAGGCUCGAUUAGCCAUUUCCAAAGCAGCCAGUGUUUUUGUUCUCUAUGCUACAUCUUGUUCCAAUAAUUUUGCAUUAAGGUCAAAGAGGAAAACCAUCAAUGCUCAGGAUGUGUUGUCAGCCAUGCAGGACAUGGAGUUUGAUCAGUUUUUAGACCCUUUGAAGUUAUGUCUAGAUUCAUUCCGCAGAGAACAACAAGGAAAGAAGGAAGCCUCUGAGAAGAGGAGGAAAGCUAAAGAGGAGACUAUUGUGAUAGAUGAUGAAGAGGAAGGUGAUGAGAAUGAGGAUGAAGAAGAAGAUGGAAGUAUGGAGGAAGAAGAACUGGACUCUAAAGAUGAAGACUAUAUUGAAACAGAUGAUGAGGAGGCUCUUGGUUGAAAAAACUGCUGAUACUGUGGGAACCAUGUUUUUACUACAGAAGAGCCUGUUCUGACUGUAAAUUAGCUGAAGGAGUAUUGAGGAGAGAAGCUGAAAACUGUGACCGCCUUUAACGAGAACAGUUAUUGUAUGUGUACAUAUAUUAUAUAUAAGUAGAAGCCAUUUGAUGGACUUGCUCGCCCUGUUGGUUGCCAAGAUUGGCAGAGAGACCUGAUCAUUCAAAAGAUGCUAGUGCACUCACUAGCAUGCACCAUUUUCAUAAGGAACAACUUUUUGAAUAAAUGAAUUAAUAAAUUAA